GUCGCCAUCUUCAAAACGGUCAAGCUUUAUUGCGCAUUUGAAGCUGUUCGCGAAGAAGUUUAAAUAAAGACUUGGAUUUUUGAAUAAACCCAGGAUUGUGUUCACGGAGCGGUUUAAAUAAAGAUUUGGAUCGUAGUAAUUUCAGAAUUGGGUCCCCAACCCCACCAAAUCCACAGUAGCCAUGAUGGAACUACCCAACUACAGCGGCCAGCUCCUGCAGCAGCUGUGGGCCCUGAGGAAGGAGGGCCACCUCUGCGACUGCACCAUCCUGGUGGGGGACACGCAUCACCGUGCCCACAAGCUGGUGUUGGCUGCCUCCAGCAUGCUCUUCAGGUCUCUGCUGGACAGCUCCGACACCAUCUCCAUCGACACCAGCGUGGUGUCUUCGCAAGAGUUCGCCUGCCUCUUGGACAUGGUCUACACAGGAAAACUGCCUCUGGGAAAAUACAACGUCAGCCGUAUCGUGACCGCCGCAGACAGCCUGCAGAUGUUUGACGUGGCUGUCGGCUUUAAAAGCGUCCUCUCCACACUGGUGAACCAGCAGACCCCCACCCCAACCCAGUCUCAUCAAACCACGAAACUCGGCGAGAACAACAAAGUCCAGACGGAAAGCUCGGAGGGCUCUGGCUCCCUCAGCAGAGAUGAGCAGGUUGCAGCAGUAGAGGAGGAGCAGAAGGAGGAGGAGCAGAAGGAGGAGGAGCAGAAGGAGGAGGAGCAGAAGGAGGAGGAACAAGGUUGCCGCAAAGAUGAAGACGAAGAGCCGGCGAGCAAAAAAGCCCGUGUGGAUCCAGUUGACCUUACAGGGACGGAGCAAACCUCAGCGGGCGCAGAAGAAGACCACAGUGCUCCUUCAGAGACGCCGAGCAACAAACUCACUGAGGGUCUUCUUAAGCACGCCUCUCAGCUCAAGGAGCUCCUGGCUGCUGUGCCCUCUGUCCAGGAGCUGCUAAGUAAGGCAGCAGAGAACCUCCUGCAUGAGGAGGAACGUGAGGUCGUCUGCUGCUGCUGUGGAGACGGAGACCCUGCCUCUGCCCUGGAGAAGCUGAUGAGCAGAGUGAAGGAUGGAGGGAUCACUGAAGGGGGGCUUCUUCAGCUCCUCCGGGCGGUGGAAGAGAAGGCGCCAUCCUCCUUUUCCUCAUCGCUGCUCCCACUGCUGGAAGGUGUGGAGAUGAGUGCGCCGGCUUCUCGGCCAGAAGCAGCGGAAUCAGGGCAGAGUGAGUCCAGAGAAGAAGAGCAGAAGGAGGUCAAGGACGAAGAUCAGAACAAGGAAGAGGAGGAGGAGGAGGAGGAGGAGGAGGAAGAGGCAGGCUCCACCUCCCCGUCCAAGCGCUUCUCUUGCCGUUGGUGUCGGAGGAGCUUUGAGUACAAAUGCCGCAUGGUAGCCCACAUGAAGCGCUGCUCCAUGUCCGACCAGUGUGAGCAGCAGUGUCCUCAGUGCCCCCAGAAGCUGGCCAAUCAGAGAGCACUGCGGCGCCAUCAAGCCGAGGCUCACCCCAGCCCCACACGCAGCAGGAAGAAAGUGUCCUGUGACCUCUGUGGGAGGAGCUUUGCACAUCCGUCAGGUAUGCUCUACCACAAACGUACGGAGCACUUCGAUGAGAGGCCGUUCACCUGUGAGGAGUGCGGUGCCAAGUUUGGGGCUAACUCCUCCCUGAAGAACCACAUGAGGCUGCACACUGGAGAGAGGCCGUACCUUUGCAAGCACUGUGACAUGAGCUUCAGCGUGGCCGCCGCGCUGGCUUACCACACUAAGAAGAAGCACUCUGAGGGGAAGAUGUAUGUGUGUCAGUACUGCAAGGCUGUUUUUGCUCAGUCCAUUGAGCUCACGCGUCACGUCCGGACUCACACCGGAGACCGGCCCUACGUCUGCCGGGAGUGUGGCAGAGGCUACAGCCAGGCCAGCGGCCUCACUGUCCACCUGCACACCUUUCACAACAUGGCAGAACCACAUGACUGUCAGAAGUGCUGCCUCAGCUUCUCCUCUCUGGAGGAACACCAGCAGCAUCUACAGGAGUUUCACCCAAAGGAUUUCCACAAGUGCACCAUCUGCAACAAGGCGUUUACCAGCUCUGCCCUGCUGGACAAGCACAAGGCCACCCACGCUGGAAGCAAACCAUUCAGCUGUGAACUUUGCAACAAGUCCUAUCAGCAACUGUCUGGUCUCUGGUACCACAACCGCACCAACCACCCCGAUGUGUUUGCCAGCCACACCCGGCAGCUCAAGACGCUGGUCCAGUGUGACGUCUGCUUCAAGUUCUUCCCCAGCGCAGCCAGCUUGUCCAGACACCGGGCUGCUGAGCACCAAGGCUCUGAGGCGUCUGUUAUGCGCUGUCUGUUCUGCAAGGAGGUUCUGGACGACCGGCUGCAGGAGCACGUGUGCAAGCAGAACGUGAGCCAGAGUGGUGAGGCGUUCAGCUGCCCACUCUGCUCCUUGAUCUGCAGCUCCAUGCUGGAGCUGCAGGAGCACCUGCUGUCCUCCCACAUGGAGGCGCCGUCAGAGCAGGAGAGCAGCACAGAGCAGCAGGCCUCCACCUCCUCCAUGGUUGUUUCAUCAAAAGAAGCAGCCAAAGACGAAAAGGUGAAGUCUAAAAAAUCCUCAGAAGAGCGGCCGCUGGGGAUUGGCCGGCAGGUUUUAGUCGCGCUCCCAAACGGAGGUGGGGGUGAAGUGGUGGAGGUGAACAUGUUCGAGUUGCUGGACAACUCUGUCACCUUUAUCUGCAGUGAAAAAAAGUCUGAGCCUGACUCGUAGCUGGAACCCCCCCCCCCCCAAAUCUCUACCAUCAAGACAGUUUGACAAUGCAGCAGUGAAAGUUGUUCUUAUUUGUUCUUUGGACUGAAGAAGUUUGUGUUUGAGGUGGUGCACACAUGAGCCUGAAUGCACCGCAACCACAACAGGACCAAAACCAAAACUCAGUUGUUCAACAGCUGGAGCUUCCUUAGGUUAGGUGUGUGAGGCCCAGCAGUCUGUUCAUGUGCAUGCACAGGGGUUCACUUCUGAAAGAACCAGCGGUCGGUCCUUCACCACAGCGAUACGGAACAGCUGCUGAAGGAGAAGAGAUGUUUGGUUUGGUUCAACUUGUUGAAUUUUUAAAUAACACUGCUUUGUUAAAUACACAAUUCAGCAUAAAAACUGUCCAGUUGCUCCAACCCAUUUCACUCCAGAAUGCACCUCAGCCAGUUUGUGCGCCGCAGUUUGUUAAUAAAGAUGACAAUGACUGAU